AUGUUUCCUUCACAGGCAGCCAAUUUGAACAUUGAAGCCCUGAGUGGCAUCUGUGGCUCCAUAUCUCUUGCUUGUUGGGUAGUAGUAUUCUCUCCACAAAUCAUUGAGAACUUCAAGCGCGGCUCUGCAGAUGGCCUCUCACUUCUUUUCCUCAUUGUUUGGUUAGCUGGCGAUGUCUUCAAUAUCCUCGGUGCCGUCCUACAGGGCGUGUUGCCAACAAUGAUCAUUCUAGCAGUAUAUUAUACCCUGGCAGACAUCGUUUUGUUAGGCCAGUGCUUUUAUUAUCGAGGUUUCAACAUUCGUGAAGAAUUUUCUUCCUCUCCGACUCCAGAACCAUCUGCGUCCAGUGCGCUGGGAAUCGAGGGUGACGAAUCAGCCUCAACACCAACUGAGAACUCGGCGUUGCUGCCAAAAUCGAAUGGAUAUGGCAACAUCGACCACGACUAUUCUUCAGCUGAUAGCAAUGGCCAACCGUCUCGUGGGGAAACACGCCCGACUUCAUCCGGUCAAGGACGACGUCAUUCCGCAACCUCAUUUCGGCAUAUCUUACACAGCUCGGUUGAUGGAACGCAUUUAUCCCCAGCAACUCCAUUCAUUGAUACAAAUAUGAGUGCGGCUCGAGCUCGCCGCCGUCGCCGCCGUAUCUCUACUAUUAAAGAAAUCUUAUUCAACAUCACCGCCAUUGCCCUCGUCUGUACUGCAGGUGUUGUAGGCUGGUGCUUUAGCCCAAGCUCAAAGAAAUCAAGCUCAGAGCCAGAACCUCUCACUAUGGAUACACUAGGCCAAGUCUUUGGGUAUCUCUGCGCCGUCCUGUACCUAGGUUCUCGACUCCCCCAGCUUCUAUUGAAUUUCCGCCGCAAGUCGACUGACGGUGUAUCUCUGCUGUUCUUCUUGUUCGCCUGCAUUGGAAACUUGACAUACGUCUUAUCUAUUUUGGCAUAUUCACCUGUUUGUCGUGGAGAUCUAUCAAUCGCAGAUAACGUGGGUGCUUUCUCCCACCGCCAUGCUAAAUGUGGUUCUGGUGAAGCUUCAGCUUUGUACGGGCGAUACGUGUUGGUGAACCUUUCGUGGCUUAUUGGCAGCUUUGGAACAUUGUUAUUGGAUAUGGCAAUCUUUGUGCAGUUCUUCUUAUAUCGCGAUGAUUCAAAGGGCACUGACGAAGAACACGUUGAUCAAUAA